AGCGGGCCGAGGCAUGAGAGAGGCGGCCGGGGAGCAAGCGGAGUCGAGGGCUGGGGACUCGGGGAGCCGGAUCUAUGCGGAGUACAAGGAAGGGGGGCAGCCCUGGAAGAAAUUCGUAUAUGUGGAGCCGCCUCGGAGAGUUAAGGAAGUGCUCGAAGAGGAGCUUUAUUUCCGGAGAGAUGAGUGCAGAAUCAAGCACCCUUCAGAAGUGGCCCUGGAAGGAAUUUGGAGCUUGAAAAGGAAUUUCCCCGUGGGAGGCUUCAAGCCGGCAUCGCAGACUCCAAGCAACGUGCUCCCCCAGCCUAAGUACUACUCCAGGCAUGCCGUAAUGAGAAGACAGCCCAUCUGAAAAGCAGCAACCC